CACAAAUGUUUAGCGUUGUGUAGUAUAACCAACAUAAUGGAGGCGCUCUGUAGCGGCGACACUUCCGGUUUCGUGCACCCACCGUUCCGCUCAUAAGAAUGGGGAUGAGGAGUGUGAGGGCGGACAGAGGGGACAGGCCUCGUCUGGAUUGGCUCUUUGUGCGCCGGUUCUUGGCUCUGCAGUCUGUUCUCUUCCCACAAUGGACAGCCCGGAAUACGCUGAUGAUGAUGACACUGCUGAUGGUGGCCCUGACAGGGCAGCUAGUUAUCUACCAGGUUGGCAUUCUGCCCAGUCAGUUCUAUGGUAUCCUGUCUGAUCGAGACCUGACCAGCUUCAGGAGUUUGGCAGUAGUGGCUGUUGCGCUGAUCUUCGUCAUUUCCAUGCUGCGCAGCGCGGAGCAGUACAUCAGCAAACUGGUCUAUGUAAACUGUCGGAAGGUGAUGACGCAAUAUCUGCACCAAAUUUACUUCACCAAACAAGUCUACUACACCAUGAGUGUGGAGCACAGCCAUGUUGAUAACCCAGAUCAGAGGAUGACGCAGGAUGUGGAACGUCUCUGCCGCGAACUCACCAGUUUCGCCAGUAAAAUUCUUACCACACCCUUCACACUUGUCUAUUACUCCUAUCAGUGUGCCCUCAGUACGGGCUGGAUGGGUCCUGUGUCCAUCUUCGGAUAUUUUGUGGUUGGAUCUCUGGUGAAUAAACUUCUGAUGGGUCCUGUUAUCCCCAGACUGGUUGAGCAGGAGAAGCUGGAGGGUGAUUUUCGGUUCAAACAUGUACAGAUCCGCGUCAAUGCCGAAGCUGCAGCCUUUGCCAGAGCCGGCUGUGUAGAAUAUGCUAGAACAGAGAAUCGCCUGAAGAGCCUUAUCGCCACCCAGAAGGAUCUGAUAUAUCAGGAACUAUGGCUGUCUUUUGGAACAAACACCUUUGAUUAUCUGGGUGGAAUCCUGAGUUAUAUGACUAUCGCUAUUCCCAUCUUCUCUGGAGUGUACAAUGACCUGAGUUCUGGUGAACUGAGCGAGCUUAUCAGUAAGAAUGCAUUUGUUUCUAUCUAUCUGGUCAACUGCUUCAGUCAGCUCAUGGAUUUAUCCAGCAAUCUGUGCGACGUGGCUGGGUACACACAUCGAAUUGGGGAGCUGGUGGAGGUGAUGAUGAAGAUUUUAGAAGAAGACAAGGAAUUAAGUCCAGAGGAGGAAGAAGAUGGGUCCCCGCAGGAGAAGCCACAAAAUGGCGAAGGGGUAUUUAUCCUGGAUAAUGUAACAAUUAGCACGCCGGUAUCGGAGUGCACAUUAGUGCGAGAGCUCAGCCUGCGUGUGAGUAAAGGGAAUAAUCUUCUGAUCAGUGGAGAGACUGGCAGUGGGAAAUCCUCCAUUCUACGCGUUCUAGCCGGACUGUGGAAGACAAAACAUGGUCGGGUAUCUGUUCAUACUCCGUUUGGUCCUCACGGUGUUCUUUUCCUGCCACAAAAAUCAUUCCUAAGUGACGGAAGCCUGAGAGAGCAGGUGAUCUACCCACUGAAAGAGAUACACCCAAAUUCUGGUCGGAUGGAUGAUGACAGAAUCCUCAGAUCACUGGAAAUGUCAGGCCUGACCUCUCUGGUGAGCAGGACGGGGGGCCUAGACCAGGCAGUGGACUGGAAUUGGCCAGAGGUUCUAUCCCCUGGGGAAAUGCAGCGUUUGGCAUUUUCUCGCUUGUUUUAUCUGCAGCCUAAAUAUGCAGUACUGGACGAGGCAAGCAGUGCCCUCAGUGAAGAUGCAGAGGUGGAGUUAUACACGCACUGUACCCAGAUGGGGAUGACAUUAAUUAGCGUUGGGCACAGACGCAGCUUGCAGGAGUUUCACCACCUGGAGCUCAGACUUGGUCCUGGCGGACAGUGGGAGCUGCGGCGAUUGAAAAAAUCGUGAUUGCUUGCCACUAACCAAACAGAGGAGCUGGUCAUGGCCCACCCUCCACUUUGUUAAUCAGGAAGUUAUGGACAAUCUACAAUAAAUUUACUGUUUUUUUAAAUUA